UUUCUGUUCUCUCCUGCAGCUCCUGUACCCACACCACAAACCCAUACACUGAUCUACACCAUCAUAAAACCAACGGCACUUUUAAGAGCCAAACUCUCCCUAUCUCCCUAUCUAGCUCUCUUAUAUCUAUCAUCUAUUUCUUUAUUCACCCUUCUAUCUAUUCUGUGUACUUCUCUACUUUCCUGUGUUUGUCAGUCUGUCUGUUUGUAAUCCUGUGUUAAUCAUGCCAGGUGGGUCUACAAAAAAGACAUGUCCCUUCUGUCAGAACAUUUUAUUUUGUGCACAGAAGAUCUGUGCACAUUGCCUUAAGGAGCAGCCAAAAAAGCUGCGCCUUGAGAAGAAGCUCAAGCGGUUUGAUGAGAAGCGAGAGGAUUGGGUGUCUGGGCGGAAGAAGAACCACAACAUUGCUUCCAUCAAGGAUGAAGCCAUUGUCUUGCUUGAGAAACUCCAUGCCAUUGGCUUUAAACCAGUGCUGCUUCUUGGCAAGGAGACCAGGAAGAAGGAGGUCAAAUGUGAAAUCCUAACCCCUCGCUGCACACUGACCGCCUAUGCCCAGGAUUACCUUGACAAGAUAGGCACUUUUUAUGAGUUCCUUUGUGAAGGUUGGACACAGGACUCCACUGGCCAGGGGGUUGUGGAAGAUCCUGAGGAAGAGACAGUCACGCUGAACCUCACACCCUGUGACCCAUCUGAACCAGAAAACAACUGGCAGGAGGCAGGGACGUCAGAGACAAGCACUGUGCAGGUGGAGGUGCUGAAGACCCCCCCCGUGAAGCAGUGUACCACCAAAGAGGUAGGGCAGGAGGAGCAGCCCCAGCGGGAUGAUCUGAGACAGGCUACCACCACGGAGGGGCCAGCUGUCAGGACAGGGUCCGUGAGGGACACAGUACUUGGUCCUAGACGCAAAAAGAAAAAGUCAGAUUGCUCCUACCACACUCGCCUAGAAACUUUCCCCAUCAGGAGUGUAAUAAGAGAAAGAAUGAGAAAGGGAAAAGCAGAAAUGUUGGUGGAGUGGGAGCCCUGUCCAGUAUGUGGCAAGGAGUGGGCUCAUUCCUGGCAGCCGAAGAAUUCUCCGGGAUAAUGCAUAAAAAUAAAAACUGUUAUUUGAACUCCAG